CGCUUUCUUGAAUUAUUACUUUCAAUUAUUCUUUUUAAUUACAUAAUUAGAUUGAUAGGUUCUUUUUAAUUACAGAAUUAGAUUGAUAGGUUUCAUUAAAUUCUAAAUUCGGGUUUUAGGGUUAUUGAUGCUUGAAGAAUUAGGGGUUUUGGCUACAACUAAUGGCAAAUUUGAUUGCAGGGAUAUCUUUGUUGCAAUUGCUUUAAAUGGUUUAUUCGCGGAUGUACUUUUGAUUGCAACUACUAUUUGGUAUUUUGAAAUAAGUAUUUGUUUCCUUAGUUAUUCUCAUUCAGUUAAAGCUGCUUUCUAUUCACUUAUAGGAGCAUAUUUGAACUUACUAAACUCAUUAGAACUUAUUAUAAAUAUAAAUUGUACUUGUUUAACCCUUAUCUGAACCUAUCAACACUUGUCUCACUCAAUACUGAAAUGAGUAAAAAUAAGGUGAACCACAUUGGGGCCUAAAUAUCAAUGUAUCGUCACUUGUCAAUCAAGGAUAUUAACUUCAGAAACUUAAUUUGUAAUGGAGGGAUUACUUUAAAAAAAGAAACUUGAGGGUGCUGAUGCUCCCACCGCCCCCGAUGUUCCUCCCUGGUUACGAUUAAUUCUUAGCGCGUGAAUUAGGUUUUUAGUUAUGGUAGUUAUCAAAUGAGUGUUUUAUGGGCACGGAGGAACUUUUGUAUUGUGUUCUUUUUCCAGGAUGACCAGCAUUUAAUUAUGAGAUGCUGUUAGCUUCCGCACGAAUAUUCCCUUUUCGGGAAGUUUCUUUGACUUAACUGCCAACUGGUUGGAUUGUUUUUGUUACUCUUUUAAAGAUACACAAGUAAAGGUGCAAAUGAUUGAGAAGAUAAGAUCAAUUGUUGGUUUUUCUCUUCAUUACUAUGGUUUGCCUGAUAGGAGAAAAUCUCUAUGUUGACUAACUGUCUAACUAAAAAUGCUGAAGGGCAUUACAGUAUUACACAUCUCUCACGUUGGUCAAUUGAAGUAGAGUAAUGUAUGGUGUCUCAACUAUAUUUGAGAUGUUGCUAAUGCGGGUAUAAGACUGGUAACAUGGAAGACAGAACAGAACAGUUCCUGUUCAAUUUCCUACUCAGUGCAUGCACUUUAAACUAAAGGCCUAUUUGUGAACAGCUUGACACACGUAGCAGCUUUUAGGCUCUAGCAGUGCACCUGGAAUUAGUUAUCGAAGAAUUAUCUCGAAAGAUCUAUUUUAGAGUGGGAAUAUACCAAUUGGGAAUACCUUCUGAAGCAACGGUUAUUUCACAUUUUCACCUGGUGCAGACAUUAUUUUACAACCUGAUGAACAGAUUCUGAACUGCAAUAUGCCAGACUCUGAUGGUGUUGCCUAUGAAAGUCUAGAAGGGGAAGCUGUUGCUAUGAUCGAAGAGUCACCAAUUAUCGAUGGUGACGAGACUCUUCAGAACAAUGAAUCUCCCUUGAGCAUGGAUUGUUCUGUUGUUCUCCAAGUGAAGACUAUUCACAUUAGCUCUCCAAUAUUAGCUGCUAAGAGCCCCUUUUUUUACAAGUUAUUUUCAAAUGGGAUGAGGGAAUCUGAACAGAGACACGUGACGUUGCGAAUCCAUGCCUCUGAAGAAGCUGCGCUCAUGGAUCUCCUAAAUUUUAUGUACAGCAAUACUUUGCAAAUAGACACACCAACUGGUAUACUAGAUGUGCUUAUGGCUGCCGAUAAAUUUGAAGUCGCCUCAUGCAUGAGAUAUUGCAGCCAGAUGUUACGGAAUUUCCCUAUGUCUUCUGAUGUGGCUUUGUUAUACUUGGACCUUCCCUCAAGUAUCUUGAUGGCUGAUGCCGUCAAACCAUUGACAGAUGCAGCCAAGGAGUUCCUUGCUUUGCGGUUUAAGGACAUGACUAAAUUUCAGUCAGAGGUAAUGGAGCUUCCCCUUGCUGGAAUUGAGGCAGUGUUGUGUAGUGAUGAUCUCCAAGUUGCUUCUGAAGACGCAGUUUAUGAUUUUGCUGUGAAGUGGGCUAGAACCCAUUAUCUGAAGUUGGAGGAGCGGCGAAAAGUACUUGGUACCCGACUCUGCCGACUGAUCCGUUUUCCGCACAUGACAUGCAGGAAGCUACGGAAAGUCCUGACCUGCAAUGAUUUAGAUCCAGAGCUCUCCAACAAGCUGGUGUUGGAAGCCCUAUUUUUCAAGGCUGAGCCGCCUUAUCGUCAACGCGCUCUGCUUGCAGAUGAGGCUAACACAACUUGUCACCGUUAUAUCGAACGGGCUUACAAAUAUCGGCCCGUAAAGGUGAUUGAGUUUGAACUGCCACGACCUCAGUGUAUCGUGUACUUGGAUCUGAAGAAAGAGGAAUGUCAGAAGCUGUUCCCAACAGGUCGAGUGUAUUCUCAGGCUUUCCAUCUCGGGGGACAGGGGUUUUUCCUCUCUGCACACUGUAAUAUGGAUCAACAGAGCUCGUUCCAUUGUUUUGGGCUGUUCUUGGGAAUGCAGGAGAAGGGUUCUGUAUCGUUUGCUGUGGAUUAUGAAUUUUCUGCUAGGCAAAAGUCAGCUGAUGAGUUUAUUUCGAAAUAUCGAGGGAACUAUACUUUCACAGGAGGGAAGGCAGUUGGGUAUAGAAACUUGUUUGGUACACCAUGGACCUCGUUUAUGGCGGAAGAUAGCCAGUUCUUUAUCAAUGGUGUUUUGCAUCUUAAGGCUGAGUUGACAAUUAGGCAAUAGUCGUUUUAUGCUAAUGGAACGUUGCUCAACAAGUAAUAAUUAUGUUGUGUAACUUUUUGAGCAAAGAUACAGUGUAAAUAAGAGUUUAGUUCGUACCUAAAGUAUAGGUUGGUUGGUACUUAUCUUUCA